GCACGCCAGUGUGACGCAGCAGCGGGGGGCGUGGCUUGUCUCGCAGCGGAGCAGCGGUUUUUCUCGUCUCGUCUGAAAAAAGUCUGUGUCUGUUCGCCUCAGACGAUGACGUGACCUCGGAGCUGCAGAGCCGUGACCUCGUCAGCUUUGUGAUGGACGACCUCUGGGGCGUGGCUGUGGGCGUUUUCCAGGCGUGGAUGUUCGUGGUGGUUUUCUUCAUCAUGCUGCCCGCCAUGUUCGGCCUCUCGCUGGGCGUCACCAGCGUCUACAUCCAGAUCCUGGUCAAAAUCCUGGAGUGGGCGACGUUACGGAUCCAGAGAGGACGCCAGGAGCAGACCAGCGUCCCCGUGCCUCUGCCCAACGGGAUCAUUGAGCGGGGGGGCGGCUCGAUGGAGGAGGAGAUGGCGCCGCUGCGGAACUCUGGGUCCCUGGUGGGGGCGGAGUUCUCCCUGAUCGACGCCCUCUACUUCUACAAGAAGGGCGUGGAGAGCAUCGUGGACGAUCAGGUGACGCAGCGCUUCUCCUCCGAGGAGCUCGCUUCCUGGAACCUCCUCACACGCACCAACCAGAACUUCCGCUACAUCAGCCUCCGCCUCACCGUCAUCUGGGGCCUCGGCGUCUUCGUACGUUACUGCGUCCUCUUCCCUCUCAG